AUGUCUAAAGAAAACAAAUCUAUUCAAGAUAAUACUAUCGAAAAAGCUCUCAAGAUCAUUCCAAGUUAUGUUGGCCCAACCUCUGCAAAUGAAGAAUUGUGUUUAGAAAUAGAGUUAUUUAAUAAAAGGGUUAAAAACUUAGAAUCUGAACUAAAACUCUAUAAAAAUCCUAGUACUAGUCUCUUCACAGGAGACCAAGAAGGUGCAGAAGCAAGAAAUUCACAAGCAGAAGAAGAAAGAAAGAGACUAUAUAAAGAUGGAAUAACAACGUAUUAG